UUGUGUUUUGUAAAUUUUGGGGCGACAAGCAGAAAAUCGUUUUCGAAGUCAUUUAAGUCUUUAAUAACAAAUUAGAUUUAUUACUCAUUCAUAAAGAGUGCUUGGUGAUAUAUUUUUUUGAUAAUUUAUGCUUAUAAAUUUCCAUUCAAAGAUUUUGAGAUCGAAUAUGCCUAUUUAAGAUUAAAAUUUGUUUAGAACAAUAAAAGAGUGUCUAUCUUUGAAGUAUGUAAAUUUUAAUGCAUAUAAAUUUAUUGACAAUUAAACACCAUUAUGAAACCACCUCUUAGAACAGUACUUAGAAACUUUCUUAAUCAUUUCGAAGAUUACGAAGCUCGAAAAAAAUUAUAUGAUGAUCAGUAUGAAAAAGAAUUUCAGCAAUUGAAAAAAUUGACUGAUAAGUUGAAGAAUGAUAAUGAUUAUUCAUGUUCAUGUGCCUUAAAGGAUGUCAAUAGACCAAAGAAUAGAUAUAAAGACAUUGUACCAUAUGACAAGUCACGAGUCAUUCUUCCAAAAAGUGAAGGUAUUCCUGGGUCAGAUUAUAUAAAUGCCAGUCAUAUAAAGGGAGCUAGUGGUGCUUUAGCUUACAUCGCUGCUCAAGGGCCUCUACCAAAUACUGUGAUAGAUUUUUGGAGAAUGAUAUGGAUUUGUGAUGUUCAAGUUGUUGUGAUGGCUUGCAAUGAGGUGGAAUCUGGAAAAAAUAAGUGUGAGAAAUAUUGGCCAUCUAAGGGUGAAGUGAAACAUUUUGGAAACAUUUCUGUUGAAUUGAUCAACACUUCUCAGAUCUGUCAAGAUUUUUUAAUACGAACUCUAUUAGUCAAAUGUGAUUCAGAAAUGAGGGAUGUUUACCAGUUUCACUAUACAUCUUGGCCUGAUCAUGGAAUUCCUGAUACCGUUCAUCCCAUUCUAGAAUUAGUACGCUUGAUGCGUCAGUGCCAAGCAUCAGAAACAAUGCCGAUUGUUGUCCAUUGCAGUGCUGGCUGCGGGAGAACUGGAACUAUUUGUGCUGUAGAUUUCGUAUGGGCUUGUCUGAGGCAUGGUAAACUCUCAGAAGAUUUCUCGUUAUUUCAAAUUGCUGUUGAAUUGAGGAGACAAAGGAUUGCCAUGAUACAAACUAAGGAACAGUACAUCCUUGCCCAUAAAGUUGUUGCUACACUUUUUGAGCAGCAAUUGAAUGUUAUUGACUGCCAUCCGUACGUGAAUAUAGAUGAAGAUGGAGAGCCAUUGAUUUGGAAGGAGUUAACCAAGAAUAAAAGAAUUGCUCUGAAAGAAAAAUCUCCAGAAUCCACUCAGUCUGUUGAUAAAAUUCAUGAGAAAUCUUCUUCUGAAAAGAAUGUGUGCAAUAAAAAUGCUACAAAUGGAUCGUUACUGGAAUCUACUCCUGAGGAAAAUAGUCACCAAAUUAGUACUUCAUCUAAUAUAAUCACCCCUGAAACUCUUAGUAGUGAUAAAUCUGCUUCAAAAAUAAGUAUUUCCGACUCGCUCGCUGAUUGUAGUAAAAAUAGUGAAAUCAGCUUUUCUAGAAAUUCCUACUUGUCUCAACAAAGUAAUGAUGACGCUAUUCCAUUCAUCGAUGAUGAUGAAGUUAGCAUUCGUCCUCAAUGUGGUAGAGCUUACUUAAACAUACCUAGUUGUGACAGUAUUACAAAGUUGGUGAAUCGUUUCGAUCCGUUUGUCGACAGGGUCGCUUACGAAACUGACGAAAGUAGUCCUGAAUCUGAUUCUAAAUCUUUCCCAUUGCAAAACGAGGUAAAUCAGGAUAAUCUUAAUGGCAAAACCAGUUUGAACACAAAAUACUAUACUAUGACUAGUUCGUCUAAUACUGUUAGUCAUAUAGCGGAAUUGUCUGCUCGGAGUAAAGAUUUGUCUGUGGCUAACAAAAGGGAAAGUUAUCCUUCAACAAUAGGAAGAAGUACUUUUCAAGACUGUGAUUCCAUCGAUGACAAAAUUUCUAUUCAAAGUGAAAACAUAAAGGGAGUGAAAAUGGUUGGUAGAGCGACUGUGAUGAGAAGACCCAGUGUCUCCAAGUUGAAAGCAUUGUUUGAAAAAACAGGAAUUUCUACCUGUAGACAGAGUGACGGGGGUAAACGUUCAUUGUUUAGGAAUAACACUCAUCAUGUUUCUCGUGCAGGCUCAGCUCCACCAUCUUUGAAUUGUAUGGAUAGAAAUUCUGCAAAUGAAAGGGAAUCUAUUUUAAUGAUGGUUACUCGUAAAUUUCGUUCUUCAUCCGUUAGAACCGAAAGGGAGGUUGGUGUGCGGCCUAGUAAUAAAUCGCAAAAGAGGACGGUCACAAAUUCUGUAAAUAACUUAGGAGAAAAGAUUGCCACGCUGUCUCGAACAGUAUCUUUUAAUUUAAACAAGAAAUUUCGGAAUAAUUCUACUGCUUCACAAACUGAAAAUUGUAAUGAAUUUGAAAAUAACCAAUCUACGAGCAAUAGUACAUCCUGUAAUAGUAAUGAAGCCACAUCAUCAACAAAAAGCAAAUCUAUGUGGUAUGAUAAGUCAUCUUUACCUCGGGUUAUAGCUGUAGUCAAACCGACUGAAAAAAUUGUUGCUCCUCCUAUCGAAGAACCUUCCAGUCCAACAAAUAAAAAACCGGACAAGCUUAAAUCGAGUCCCUUCUCAUUUUCAAUAAACAGACCACCUAAACUAUUACCAUUUUUAAGCACUUUAAGUAAAGGAGAUGGAAAAGAUACAACUAUGUGGUAUAGUGAAACAGACAACAUGUAUACCAAACCUAUACCUACAGAGACUCAGCCUACUGUAUCAGAUAUUAAAUCAGAAAAUCCUAUAAAUAACUCAAAAGACAUCUCUAAUAGAAUUUUUCCUGGUAUUUCUUCAUUGAGACCUUGGAAAAAGAUAUCUAAAAACCCACUCAAUAUUCCAGAUGCUCCCAAAAGUCCAACAUUUUAUGCUGUCAUUGAUGAUCCGCAGGAUAAGUUGGCUAGUAUUUCAGCUGCUUCUGAAAUCGCUCCAAUCUGUCCUGUUCCUGAAGAAAUUAUACCCUUGAGCUCCACAGAAAUCCAUAAUUCCACUAAUUCUGCAAUAAAUGAAACAGUAAGUGUUGGUGACUAUCGUGGUUCUGAUAUUCCUGAAGAUAUCAAUAUACCACCUUCAACCACGGAUGAAUCAACCACUAAACAAUCCGAUUCUUCUCAAGACUCCACUCUACCAUCUUCAACUGUUAAUAUUUCCAAGUCAUCAACAGAAGUGGAUAUUGUGACCGAGAAAGAUGAAAAAGACGUACCUCCCGCUAUUCCCAGAAAAAUGCUUUCUAGGAAAAAUAAAUCAAUGAAUCAGCUGAACGAUCUUGUUGAUGAAGAAAUAGGUGCCAAAUCUCAAGUGCCUCUGACCUUUGACAGGAAAAAAGAUCCUCCACCUUCUCCUAAUGAUCUUUACAGCAAUGUUAAUGAAACGGCUAAGAAAAACAUUGAAAUAAUUGAAAAAGCAUUGCAAAUCAAUCCACGUAGUGCUAUAAUUGAUUUAACAUCGAGGGAAUCGUAUUGUAUGGAAGAAGAACUCGCCAAUGCUGUCAAACAGUUGGCAGCUCCUCAGCCAAUGAGUCCUAAAGGCAACUCAAAAUUUCCUGGUUAUGAAAUCAUAUGGCCUGAAGACGUUGCCCUCAUUAAAAAUCAAAUCAAACCAUUUAAUGAAAGCCAACUGCAGUGUAAGACUGGAAUAUGUUACAGCCCCCCUUUGAGAAGAAGUUUUAAAGGUAGUGUGAAUCUAUCAAAAAGUAGUUCCUGCUCUAACAUUGACUGGCUCGAACCCAAUGAGACGGUAGCAGUUGUGGAUAAUUUUAAAGAAGGUUCUGCAUCGCCCACCAAAAAGCUUGUCAAAGAAGCUGCUGUUGAACUCAAUACACUAUUAGAUAGAUUGACCACGCAAACUCUGUCUGAAGCGGAAGAUGUGGAUCUCAAAAAUAAACACUCCGCUAAAAAAACUGAAAGUAGCUGUAACACUAAUUCAGAAAAAAGUUCAUCUUUUAAAAGCGGUUCUGCUCAGACAAAUUUAAUUACUCAUUCAGUAACUAUCCUGUCUAAAUCUUCUCGUACCAACAGCUCCCCUAAAGAAGAAGAAAUAGUUUUCCAUUUCCCACCACCUCCUCGCAAUCCACCUCCGAAGGAGGAUACUACAUCUGAACGUUUUGAUAUAGUUGUCAAAAAUGGUUCUUUAAUAGUUUCUCCAAACAAAAAUGAAUUGGAUAAGGAAAUGAAUGAAAAAUGUUUGAGCUCAACAGGUACCCAAGUAUAUCCUCAACCAGCCCCUAGGAAGAGCAAAAUACGUAAAUCAGCUUCUUAUACUAAUUUGUGGGCACCUCAAAGUAAGGGCUAUGAAAAUGUGUUCCUAGAGAAGUACCAAACCCUCUCGCGACUUCAAAUUGGUUCUGAAAACUCACCAUCUAACCCUGGUACCAGGAAAGAAGCAAACAGAAAGCCUACAAAGAAAACUCUCCCUGACUAUGUAAACGUUCAGAACUUUCCUUUCUCUGAAAAUAAAUUACUCCAUACUACGACUGAAAUGUCAUUGGACGAUGACAAAUUGCAAAACUCAAAACAACGACUUGCUGAUUCAAAUAUGAGCAGAAGCUAUCCCGAGCCAUCUGAUGUGAAGCCAGCAGCUUUAGCUAUAGAUACUUCUUAUGGUGAUCAGUUUUCUAAUUAUGGCAAAAUUCUCAAAACACCUGCCAAAAAGCAAGAUCCAUUAACUCAUCAACCAAGUGUUCCUAAAUUGAUGAAUAAGGAAUCGGACAGGCAUCUUACACCUUCAAGGAAACAUGAACGGGCUCCCUUGCCGCCUGAUGUUAAUCUUGUUUAUAAAACCAAAGAUAAUUUCAAAGUGGAAUCCACUGACCAGUCAGUGUCUUCAAAGAGAAUUCCAUCGAGAAAGCAAGAAAAAGCUCCACUGCCUCCACCUUUGUUAUUAAAAAGCUCUUCGGCAGCAGCUGUUAAUAAAAAUAUGUCAAAAACACCAUAUUAUACCAAUUUCUCCUCCCAGAAGUAUCAUGAAGAUACUCGUACAUUGCCUGCUGUGCGGGAAAACAUUGCCAACACAGACAGCUACUUGAAACUCGCGACUAAAAAAGAAAUCCCGCCAAAAGAACAAAACAGUAAUCGACCUAGUCGAGGAUUGUCCCAUUCACAGAGUGAUGCUAGUGUGUUUCUUGCUCUCAAGGAGAGAAAGGCAUUUUCUUUGAAUCGGGAUCAAAAACUGUCGGAGCAAAAGAUCCUGGUGACGAAUAAAUUCUUAAAACGGAAUAAGGAGUUAGCUUCUGUGAGUAGUAGUGAUAGUGACAGUAGUUAUGAACGGAUCUUUUUUGAUAAACCUGUUAAGUCAAAUGAAAGGGUUGUUCAGAAGAAAACUGAGGAGAGAACAAAUUUAAUGGUAGAGAAGGAUUCUAUGAAAGAAUUGCCCGUUGCUCCCCCAAGGGCUAGGAGGCGGAACACAACGGAAAUACAGUAUGCUAAGGUGAAAUCUAAAGAAACAACACCUUCACCUUUGAAAGUUUUCAAAAAAGAACAACUUCAGAAAAGUGGACAUAUUUCUUCUAAUCAAGACUCACCUCCUGCAAUACCAAUUAAAACAAGGGAUGCAUUUGAAAUUCCAGAGGAAGAGCAAAUCAGAAAUUUCAAAUCAUCUGUAAGCAAAACUCAAGAUGCAGAAGACAGAUCUUUUGAAUCAUAGAUUGAAAAUGUCAUGUAAAAUUAUGUAGUACUUAAUUUAUUUUGCAUUUUGCUGUGCAUUUUUACAUUCUCAUUUCUUGUGCUUUGCUCCUUUUUUUUACCUGGUGAUAACUAUUCUGUGAUCUUAAUAUUGAAAAGCGGAAUCAUUUAGUUAUAUUAUUAAAAAAUUUGAAUAGUUAAACUGCUUCCAGAUCUGAAUAUUAUUGUUCACAGUAUAAAUUUUUAUUAUUCAGAAUAUUUUAUUUUUGUUUUGUUUAAAUUUAAGAAUGUGAAAUUAUUUUUAUUUGAAAAGCAUUGUUGCUUUUUCAAAAUGUUGUUUGAAAUGUAUUAUGUUUGUUAAUUCUCUUUCAAACUUUACUAUAGUAUGAUGUAAAUAAAAAUUAUUUGUCUAGUUUUUAUUUCUAAAAUGUUGGAAUAGUUAGAAUUGAUAAUUAAAUUUUUUAAUGAAACUUUUAAUUAGAAAUUGAUGCUGCUUUUUCUCAGCCAAACAUUAUCUAUUUUUGUUCUUAAAAAAUAUCUCUUUCUUUUUCAUAUUUAUUCUUACUAUGAAAAAUGUACAUAAUAUUUUUAUUCAAUUUUACAUUGUAAAUUUUAUUUUCAAUAUUAUUCUGCUGUACUUAUUUAAAAAGAAUUGGUUUUAAAAUCCACUUUCUCACUAUACUAGAUACUCAUUUUCUAAAAGGUAUAUUUUUGUAACUAAUUUUUUCAUCAAAAACUAUUCUAGACACACUAUUAUCUGAAAACCAGAAUUGUCAACUAAACUUUUAUUGUCAAAUAUUGUGUUCAGUUUAACGUUCUUCAAACAUUUGAACUUUAGUUUGUUUAUAUAUGGCUUUUUAGAACUAUGCAUUCAUUAAAAUCUCUUUAUGUUCAUUUUUUUUGUAUUUAAAACUUAACUUUCAUUCAUGCUAAAUUUUUAUGAUCUCACUCAUUUAUAAUUUUUAAUAAAUUUAUUUUUAGUUUAUUAUUAUUUUCAUACAUAUGUAGAAUAAAGUUUAAACAUAUUGCGUAUUGUGAAUAGACAUAAUUCUUCUUUUCAAAGCUUGUGACAGGUUAAUUAUUUUUUUUUUUAAAUUGCUGUUUUUAAGAUAAGUUUUUAAAAUAUUGCUUAGCAUGAAAUAUAUGAUUUAUGUUCUCUACUUUUAUGAAAAUUAUUUUACUGCAGUUGCAGUAACUUCUUUUUUACAGUAUGAUUACUGCCAAUUGAUUCAGAAUAAACUGCUCCAGAUAAACCCUUAUUUUCCCUAAUUAAUAUGGAAUUUCCAUCUCAAAAUGGGCAAAAACUCAUUAAUAUGCUCCUACUAAGUGUCAUAACUAUGUACUGGCGUUCUUGCUUAAGUCCCAAUCGUAAUAAAUUUGUAUUAAAUUUUAAUAGGUUAUAGUCAAAAUUAGGAAAUUUUGCAAUUAGCCUUUUUUUACAGUGGCCUUUUUUUCUAAAAUUGAGAAUUUUAAAUGAUUGAAAAUUUGGUUGAUAUUAUUUAAAUUGAUUGAAUUGGUUGAUUAACAUUUCUCAAAAUAUUGUAAACAUUACUAAAAUGAAGAAACAACUUUUAUAAAACAAACUUAAAGUAAUUUUCAGUUUAUUAAACAAUAUUUACAAUAAAACUAUCAUCAUCAUAGUUGGCCAGACAGCCCAAUGUGGGCCAUUGCCUCCUUCUGAAGAUUUUUUCAUAACGUUCUGAUUUAUCUUUGAUCUCCAAUUCUUUUGCUUAAUUGCAAGAAAAUCAGAAUCCACCAAAUCAGCCUAUCUCUAACGCUGCCUUCUCUGCUUUCGUGUUUCAGUGGGUCUAAAGGGCAAUAUCUUUAUUAUUGUAUUGUCAUCAUUCAUUCGAAUCACGGAAGCUACUUAAUUUAUACUAAUAAAUCCAUAUUUAUUGAAAUAUUUUUAAUAAUAAAAUGCCUUUUUGAUAAUAAGAAAAGUGGCGAUUGUAAAACAAAUUUUUAACCGUCAUUUGUAAUAUUUAGUAAUAAAAUUACAAAAUGAAGUAAUGUAUUUACUGGUAAACUGAUAAUACUGAUAGAACUGGUAGUACUGAUAAACAUUCAAAAUGAUAAUAACAGUUAAAAUUCAUUUCAACAAAAACUUCAGCUUAUUUUAUUCAUUUUUGUUUAUGCAUACAUGAAAAUCAGAUUCAGACCUGGACUAUUUCCUGCUCCAGACCAGUGAAUUUAACUGUUAGUCAUAAAACAUAGUUUUAGAACAAGUAUUGAUAAAAUGUUGAAAAAAAUUUGUUCUUUACAUUAAAUAACCUCAAACUAAUUAGUAAUAUCUCUUUGGGUUUUUGUAUUCAUAAUGUUUGACCAAGUUAUUGAAAAAAUC